AUGGCAAAAGGCACGGCCGAGGAAUCUGCACAUAUGCCAGUGGGACCACGUAUGACGGCGAGUGGCAAGACGACAAAAUGCACGGUCGAGGAGUUUACACGUGGGGCAAAGGUACGCAGUCGCUCGGAGAUCGAUAUGACGGCGACUGGCAAGAUGACAAAAUGCACGUUCGAGGAAUCUACACAUACGCGAAUGGCAGCAGGUAUGACGGGGAGUGGCAAAAUGACGGCAGACAUGGUCGAGGAAUCUACACAUUUGCGAGUGGGAGCACGUAUGAGGGCGAGUGGCACAAUGACAAAGUGCACGGUAAGGGAGUUUACACGUGCGGCAAAGAUGCGCGAUCGUUCGGAGAUAGAUAUGACGGCGAAUACCAAUUUGGGAAAAUGCACGGUCGAGGAAUCUACACAUAUGCGAAUGGAAACAAGUAUGACGGCGAAUACAGAUACGGAAAAAUGCACGGUCGAGGGACUUUCACCUGGGGCAAAGAUACUCAAUCGUUCGGAGAUGAAUAUGACGGCGAGUACAAAUUGGGGAAAAUGCACGGCCGAGGAAUCUACACAUAUGCGAAUGGGAACAGGUAUGACGGGGAGUACAGAUUGGGGAAAAUGCAUGGCCGGGGAAUCUACACGUAUGCGAAUGGGGACUGGUACGACGGGGAGUUCAAAAUUGGGAAAAUGA